UUGUCUGACGAGAAUAGUUCCUACCACUUCCCCUGGUGCUUAGAAAGUUAACAAGCGCCUCUCGUUGCAACUGCGGGCGAAGAAGAUGCCGAGAGCGGAUAAAGAAACCGAUCUUUCCGAACGGCUGGAAUCUUUCCUGUCGGACCUGAAGCGGGGAGGCAGCGGCUCUGGGCCGCCGCGGGGAUCUGGAGAAACUGCCCGAGAAACAGCGGCUUUGCUCCGCAAGAUAACAGCCCAAGCCCGCUGGAGCAGCGCAGGCGAUCUCAUGGAAAUCAUACGCAAAGAAGGUAGGAGGAUGACAGCUGCCCAGCCUUCAGAGACCACCGUGGGUAACAUGGUGCGGAGAGUGUUAAAAAUCAUCAGAGAGGAGUACGCCAGGUCCCGUGGCAGCAGUGAGGAGACUGACCAGCAGGAGUCGCUGCAUAAACUCCUGACCACGGGCGGCCUGAGUGAGGAGAACUUCAGGCAGCACUUCCCCCCUCUCAAAGCCAAUGUGAUAGAGGCCAUCAACGAGCUCCUCACAGAGCUGGAGGGGACCACGGACAACAUCGCCAUGCAGGCGCUGGAGCACAUCCACUCCAACGAGGUCAUCAUGACGAUCGGCCGCUCCCGCACGGUGGAGGCCUUCCUGAAGGACGCGGCGCGCAAGCGCAGCUUCCACGUCAUCGUGGCCGAGUGCGCGCCCUUCUGUCAGGGCCAUGAAAUGGCAACCAGUCUAGCCGAGGCGGAGAUUGAAACGACCGUCAUUACAGACGCCGCAAUAUUUGCUGUAAUGUCUCGCGUCAACAAGGUCAUCAUUGGCACACAGACUGUGUUGGCCAACGGCGGUCUGAGGGCGGUCAAUGGGACUCACACCCUGGCUCUCGCGGCAAAGCACCACUCUACACCUCUCAUUGUGUGCGCUCCCAUGUUCAAGCUGUCUCCACAGUUUCCAAAUGAAGAGGACACAUUCCACAAAUUCGUAUCUCCACAGGAGGUGUUGCCCUUUACAGAAGGUGAAAUUCUAUCAAAGGUAAAUGUGCACUGCCCCGUCUUUGACUAUGUGCCUCCUGAACUCAUCACUUUGUUCAUUUCCAAUAUUGGGGGGAAUGCUCCAUCCUAUAUCUACCGCUUGAUGAGUGAACUUUACCAC